GAUUGAACGCACUUUUCGCAUUCAUUCGAUUGCGUUUCCAUUAUGCGCAACGGAGUACCGUAUAAACAACACAUGAUGGUUAUAAAAGCAUGCGUUACCGUGUCAUGCGACCACAUGAAAUUGUAAAAGUUUAUUCAGCUGAGAGUUCGUCGGUUGAUCAAUACGAAAUAGGUGUACAGUGUGUGUGAUAACGUUAUGCCGUGUGAGUGUGCACGCGACGUGGUUACACAAUUUAAAAAAAAAAGGCUCACAUCGAAUGUAUCGGAUCGAUUGCACCAAUUUUUCUAUCAAAUCGAAAAAAAGGAAUAAAAUAAAUCGAAUUAGGACAUUCAACUAAGACUGAACCUUGUGAAGUGACAAUUUUUCAUUUACCAAUUCUGUUUCACAAAUAGAACAAGUACAUCGUGAGUGAUAUCAUCAAAAAUGAGCUCAACAGACAAUUCAAUAACAAGCAAAGAUUUACAAGACAAUAAUGGUUCAAAAACGGACACCGCCGAUUCGAAAGUGAUACGAGUCGGCUCACGAAAAAGCGAACUCGCCCUUGUACAAACCAGACAUGUUAUUUCGUUGCUUAAAAGCCUCUAUCCUCAGCAAAAAUUUGAAAUACAUAAAAUGACAACUGUUGGCGAUCGAGUGUUAAAUAUAUCACUACCGAAAAUUGGUGAAAAGUCUCUGUUUACAAAAGAUUUGGAAGAUGCGCUUAAAAAUGGUACUGUUGAUUUUGUUGUGCAUUCACUAAAAGAUUUACCAACCGCAUUACCAGAUGGUAUGGCAAUCGGUGCCGUGCUGAAGCGUGAAGAUGCUCGAGAUGCUUUGGUUUUGGCAAAACAACAUGCAGGAAAAUGUUUGAAGACAUUACCACAAGGGUCUAUCAUUGGCACGUCGUCGUUGCGUCGAACAGCGCAAAUAUCACGUUUGUAUCCCCAUUUGAAGGUGGAAGAUAUACGCGGUAAUUUGAAUACUCGUUUAGCAAAAUUGGAUGCAGAAGACUCAAAAUAUGCAGGAAUCAUAUUGGCACAGGCUGGUCUUGUGCGCUUGAAUUGGGAACAUCGUAUUACUCAAACGAUUGAACCGAGUGAACUGUUGUAUGCAGUGGGUCAAGGUGCUUUGGCGGUGGAAUGUCGAUCAUCGGAUACGAAAAUCUUGGCGAUGCUUCAAAAGUUGGUAUGCCACGAAACGCAAUGUCGCAUUUUAGCCGAACGAAGUUUUCUAAAAACAUUGGGCGGUGGUUGCAGUGCUCCAGUAGCGGUUGAUUCUAUUCUAUCAAAACGAAAACAUAUUAAUGACACUGAAAUACGCUCAGACAAUGAAUAUGAGCUUCGAAUUAUUGGUUCGGUUUGGAGUUUAAACGGAAAAACUCAAAUUCAAGCAGAAACAUCGUGCAAUUUGAACAUAAACACUCAAAAAGAAUCGGAAGAAGUGGAAGAGGAUGUAGUGCCAACCAAAAAGAUGAAACUUUCCAUUAAUGUUGGAGACGAUAAUAAUGAGCUUAGUGGUGAUAAUCCAAGUCCACCACAAAUUGUUGAUCAUUCACAAAUCAAUUUUAAUGCAUCAAAUUUAUCGGAUUCAAAUCAUAAUCUUGAUAUUGCCGGACUAUUGAAUGUGCACAAUGAUGCAUUUAAAAAGUGCCCAUACUCAUCAUUAGUACAAAAUAAAACCGAUAAACAAAAUCAAAACACUGAUUCAAGUGGCGAACCAUUGAAAUGUCCAUUGGAUUUUUCCAUCGGACAAGAUGUAAUGGGUCAGUGUCCGUAUUUUGAUUCGAUCGAGAGUCUUACCAAAACGUCUAGCUCAUGCGGCAGUUGUCCGUAUAAAAGUGGCUGUGCCAGCAAAAAUGAUGCACCAUCGAAGGAACAUUGUACCAAUACAAAUGUGGAUAUUAAAAAAUGUCCAUUUUUAUCAGCCACACCUAGCUCAAGUCAAACCACUACCUCAACGAUAGAUAAUUUAUCAAAUGAAAAUGAAAUCAAUGAACAACUAUUUUGUGGACUUUAUCCACAUCGUUAUUGGCCAUUGGACGUAUUCGAAAAAUGCGAACAACUUGGCAAAGAUUUAGCAUCGAAUUUAAUUGAAAAGGGCGCAUUAACAGUUAUGGAGUGUGCUCAGAAUGAAAUUCGAAAAAAAGCCUGAGUUUUUUUUUGAGAUUUUUUUAUGUAUUUAUAAAUAAGGGAUUUACACAAAAUUGGUAGAGGAUUAUUAGAUUUUGGAUAUUGUCGGUGCACCAUUUCCUUUCAAAAAGGAAUUGAAUUUUUGUGUUGACGGUGCUCAUACCCAUUUUAUUCAUGUUUCAUUAUAUGAAUGUUGCCUUUUCAUAUUUAUAUAUGUUGUAAACAUGAGACAUUUUAUUUAAAUCAUUCAAUGGUCAAAAGCGUUAUGGAAAAUUGUAAAA